UCUGGUUUUCAUAGCCAAUACAGGAUGUUGUUGAAGUCCAAUAAACUAUAGUAUUAAAAUGAAACAGAAUUGGUCUGGACAACCGCUUUUGUUGAGCUGAAGACUUCUGUGUAAAUAUCUUUUUUGUGGGUGUUUGGAAUCCAAAGAGGGCGGUCUCAACCCACAGGACACUUAAGAUAAUGACCAUCUCAUUGAAAGGUGCACAUCUUCACACUUGUAUGUGUGGGAUUGCAAAAACCAAGAUGAUCUGGAUCACUUUGUUUCUGUUUCAUAUUUUUACUCAUCUAUUUGCAUCAUCAGACAUGCCUAUGAAUUCAAGGAGCACUCACCAUGAUGAACCUGUGAUUUUAAAUGAGCAGUUGGACAAUGCGUCUUUUCAAGACCAAAAAGAAUAUAGCUCAGGCAAAGACAAAUGCACUAUGCCUUGUGAAAUGACUGCCAAGCUAAUGCGUGAUGAGAAGCAUUCCUUGUGCAGUAUCCUCCAAAACACCAUGGUAUCAUAUACAAGAAGCACUAGAAAGCUGAUCAGAGAUCUCAUUGAUGAACAGCAGAAGACCUUGGAAUUACUCUCAAGUCAGAUGAAUGAACUGAUGACCAGAGUGAACACGCUCAGUUUGGACAUGCAGAGAAGCAACAACGAUGUCUUUUCCUUGCAGUCCCACGGGAGAGAUUGUAGUGACAUCAAAGAGACACUAGAGGCAAUAUCUCCCAAAAUUCCUAGUGGAAUUUACAUAAUUCAUCCAGAAGACACAGAUGUUCCUUUUGAGGUGUUCUGUGAAAUGGACUAUAUGGAGGGUGGAUGGACAGUAAUACAGAGAAGAACAGAUGGUCUCACUGACUUCAAAAAAGUGUGGUCAGAGUACUUGGAUGGAUUUGGACACUUACCAGGAGAACACUGGUUAGGUCUGAGGAAGGUCUUCAAUAUUUUGAAUCAGAAAAACACACGUUUCCAGCUGCACGUGUCUCUGGUGUCGCAAGAUGAUUCCAUAGCGUAUGCUUCAUAUGACAAUUUUUGGCUUGAAGACGAAACCAACUUCUUCGCAAUACACCUGGGCAGAUAUGCUGGUAGUGCAGGGGAUGCAUUCAGAGGAUAUGACCAGGAGGAGAACCAGGACACAGCUCCGUUCAGUACCUCUGAUAUUGACAACGAUGGCUGUGCCCCGUUCUGCACUUUUGAUGAAAAAGCAGUUGAAAGCUGCAGUGUGCACCAAAACAACACAGGAUGGUGGUUUAACCAAUGUGGAAAAGCAAAUUUGAAUGGCUCCCAACUGGACCAAGAUUACACCACCCAGUCACAUAUUCGAUGGGACACCUGGACUAAAAACGGCAAGCCAGUCCAAAUCAAAUCAGUGUCUAUGAAGAUCAGAAGAGUUCAGAUCCAGAACUCAAAAUAAAUCCAUGAAGCAUUGAUCAUUGACCGAGAUGUCAUCAGUGUGACAAAACGUCUGGUAUUGCGAUGGGUCAAGAACCAAAAUAUUUAUUCUUGCUUUUCAUUAUAAUGAAAAAAGCUGUAUCACUACUCAAAUGUUAUCAUUAAAAGACUCUGCACUG